AUGUCCACCACAUCGUCUGUGGACAGUGCUAAUCAAGCGGCAGAUUUUUUACCAGAAACGAAUGAAGCGACAGUAGUGGACGAAAUGAAAGAAGAAAAGCACAACGAAGCAGACGAGAAGCAGCAACAAGAAGCUGGGGAAUCUGAAGAGACACAAAAAGUUCAAAAUGAAGAGGCUCUAGCGCAAACAAUGUCACUGGAUGUGGCAUAUAAAUCCCUUGAGAUGAUCCGGAAAGUCAAUUUGCAAGUCGAAUUUGGUAGAGAAAUUGAAGACACAGAAUGCGUAUUGUCUCUGCGACAGGCUAGAGAGGCACCCGAACUGAUGCCAGGAACCCAAAGUCGAUUCCGGCGAUGGGUUUCCGAGAAGUCAGUCCCCAAGGCAAGCCCAUGCUUGACCUGUGGAACUCCAGUUUCGAAGGCUUUUCGAUCCCCUGAGUUCGCAAGGCAAAACAUUGUCGUUUGCGUAGAUUGUGCCAAUCUCUUCUCUCUUGACUACCUAAUGAAAAAUAUUGUCCACUCAGAGGUGGAUUCUAUAGAUUCUACAGAAACAAGGAAAAGAAAGAUGAAUCAUAUGCUAGAGGUAUAUGAUAGGGCUCUUUUGAUACUGACGUAUUCCGUUCAAUUCAUUGACGACGUUGUCGUAGCUCUUGAACAGAACACUUCCAGACACAACAAGGUUGGAUUGGGUAGCAGUGCAACUGGAAUGGUGUCUGGUGGGUUGGGUGUGGCAGCUGCGGCAACUAUUUUCACUCCUGUUGGGCCUCCAUUAUUGCUGGCUAGCAUUCUCUUUGGAAGCGGUGCUGCAGCUGCGGAUGCUGCUAGUGAGGCGGUCAAUUAUCGCGGCGAACCCAACAAAAUGGCUGACAGAAUACUGACGCUCAAUUCUAUUAUCGGCUGCAUCUCACGUCUACCAGCUACGAUCGACAUGGAAACGACAGCAGAAGAAGAGGAUGUCAUACACACGGCAGAAGGUCAAGCAUCGUUGCACUGGAGAAGGACGGCCAUGAACGGAUUAAAGCCACUUACAGCAGGAGCCCUAUCUGCUGUCUCCAUUUUUACAGAAGCGCGUGAGAUGAAAAGCACUGUGGCCAAGAUCCGAGCUGGUAAUCCGUGCGAAAAGGCGGAGCGACUGAAGCAAGUGAAAGAAAACGUUCCAUUCCUUCCGAAAACAGACAUCUUGUCCAAUCAGUUGCAAGGUGCCCUUCGCCGACAACAUGAAAUUGCCAGCAGUCAGAAUGAAACAAAGUCUUCCACAGAUGAGGUAACAACUACAGCUGAUGAAGCUACUGCUGAUGACGAUACUGCCAGUACAUGA